AUGAUAUCCAUGUCGUGGCAGCCAAAACUUCGCCCUAAGGGUUUCCCACAUAGCAUUGACGACUUUGCCGCUAUGGCGUCGCUGUCGGAAUUAGAACAUCGUGCCCGCACUGAAGACAAGCGCGACCAGCGCGUCUUCCGAGUCAAGCGCAAACAUGUUCUCAAGGCUUGCGAUCGCUGUCGCGUCAAGAAAACAAAAGUAGUUCCCCGAACCCCCACCGGCUCGGAAUCUACUAACCUUCCCCAGUGCGAUGGGAAACAGCCCUGCAAUCGCUGCUCCGUAUAUAACCACCCAUGUCUCUUCCGCGAACGAAAAGCCACCCAAACCAAAGUCUACUCACGAGGAUUCGUCGAGAUGCUCGAAUCCCACCACUCCCUAGUCGUCAAAGCCCUCCAAAAACUAUAUAAAUUCUGCAUCAACAACGAAAGCUUCCCCGGCGAUCCUCUCGCCGAAGCACCAGACGGCCACCCCCUCACCCACGCCAUCCUCGACCGUCUAGGUCUAAUCAAACAAGCCGAAGAAAACGCAGACGAACCAGACGAGGACUCAGAGGAUCUCCGCUACCUGCGCCUCCUCUCAACUUCAACAGAAUGCAGCGUCACAGCAGAACCAUCCCCAGAACCCUCCACUCCCCCAGAACCAUACCCGGUCUCCCGUCCAAUGGCCCCCGCCCCACUGACCCGCUCCAACACAGCCCCGAACUGGCAGUGGGAUCUGCCGGUGCAGAACUAUAACUACCAAGACGGUUACGAUCUCAUGCCGAUGCCUCGCUCAUUGACUGCCCCGGAUAUCGCUGAUAUCCCGCCUCAUGCUGAUCUGGCUUCCUCGGCUCUUCAUGAGCAGUCUUAUCCCUAUGCUCUUGGGUGCUGCGACCAGCCGCAGGAUGUUAAGCCUGUUGUCUCGAGGAUGCCGCUUAUUGAUCACCAGGGUCAUAUGGGCUUGUCGUCGGAGAUGAUGGCUGACUUCCAGUUCCAGGGACCUGAGGCGUUUUAUCCGGGUUUUACGCCUGGUUGGAGUUUCCCUUCGUCGUAG